AUGCCAAUUGUUAAUAUCAAACAAGGUGAUUUAAAAGGUGUGCAGUGUAAAACUGAUGAGGUGGAAUAUUUUACGUUCAAAGGUAUACCGUACGCAAAACCACCGAUUGGACGAUUAAGAUUCAAGGCUCCAGAACCGCCGGAGUCAUGGCGUGGCUUGCGAGAUGCAUCACAGCAUGGACCUGUAUGUCCACAGUAUAACGAACGUAUGGAACGCUUCGAAGCUGGAAGUGAGGAUUGCCUGUACAUUAACGUAUACACCAAAUCUCUAACACCUACUUGCCCGCUCCCUGUACUCGUCUGGAUCCAUGGUGGAGGAUUUUAUACGGGCUCUGGUGACUCAGAUUUCUACGGUCCCGAGUUUUUCAUGGCCAAUGACGUCGUCCUCGUCACAUUUAACUACAGACUAGAAGUAUUAGGCUUUCUAUGUCUUGACAACGAAGAUGUUCCUGGUAACGCUGGUAUGAAGGAUCAGGUAGCUGCUUUAAAAUGGGUUAAAAAUAACAUAUCCGCUUUUGGUGGCGAUUCCAAUAACAUCACAAUAUUCGGAUGUAGCGCUGGGGCGGCAUCCGUAUCGUAUCAUUUGAUAUCAAAAAUGAGCGCAGGUUUGUUCAAUAAAGCGAUCUGCCAAAGCGGGGUAUGUCUAAAUGAAUGGAGUUAUAAUAUAUAUGCGAAAAAGCGUGCAUUUCAAUUAGGAAAAUUAUUAGGGAAGGAAACCGAUGACACGACAGAAUUAUUGGAAUUUCUAAGAAACGUUCCGGUUUCAUCAUUAGUUAAUAUUCAGUUACCGGAAAUAGAAGUAGAACAUAGGGAUAUAGCUGAUAGUAUCCUCUUUGGGCCUGUUAUUGAAAAACCUUAUUUGAACGUAGAAAAGUUCAUAACAGAAGCACCGCCCGAUACGCUAAAAAAAGGAAAUAUUGCAAACGUGCCUGUAAUAGUAGGAUAUACGUCAAGUGAAGGUAUAGAAACAGCCCGGAAUUUUAGUAAAUUAGUAGGUUUUCUUGCAAAAGUUGGUAGUGUCGUACCAAGAGAAAUCAAGUUAAAAGUCAAUUCAACAGAACUCAAGGUCAUAGAUCAAAAAAUACGCACAAAAUAUUUCGAUAGCAAAACGAUUACUAGCGAAAUAAUGCAAGAUGUCGUCGACUUGCAGACCUACAGUCUGUUCGCGUAUAAUAUUUACAGAUUCGCUUCAUACUGCACGGAAAAUAAUUCAAGUCCUGCAUAUUUAUACAAGUUUACAGCGGAAACCGAGAGAAAUUAUACAAAGAAACAUUACAAAAUGGACAGUUUGAAAGGAGUAUGUCACGCUGAUGACCUUCCAUAUCUCUUUAACGUUACCUGUCUAAACAUUCCGUUAACUGAAGAUUCUAAGUCGAUUAUAAAGAAGAUAGUGAGUUUAUGGACAACUUUUGCUCGAACGGGGAACCCUACGGAAUCAUUAAAUGUGCCAAUUUGGGAGACCUACACAAAUAAGGAAAAGAACUGUUACGUUAUCGGAAAAACAUUCCAAAACUCUAAAAAUCCAGACGCUGAACAUAUCAAUUUCUGGGAAGAAAUAUACAUGAAUAUACUCUGA